GUCCCCCUUCCCUCUCUCCUGACAGAUUUAUUUCACCAAAAAAUGUCAGGAUAUUACUGUUAUGGUUGAAGUGUUUCUCGCCCCCACCUCACUGUUUUUUCCACGCGCUCAGCUCAGCCUGCGCCGCGCGCUCACAGCUCGCGCCGCGCGCUUAACGGAACAGCCUCGGUGCGCUUCAUGGACUAGUUCUGACAGGAAGUCUGGUCUAAACCCGCAGGUUCGGUUGCGGUAAACUUCCGGCCCAAACGGACAGGACCUCAGCAGAGCUGCAUCCAUGACUUUACACACUUGGCUGCUGUACGGGAUUGGAUUCAUUGUGGCAUCUGCGCUCUUCACUGCACAGGUCCAUGGACUGCAGUGCUACGGCUGUAACGUCAUCCAUGGGCAGAAGUAUGUGGACAUUGGUUGCUCUAAACCUGAGAUCAUCACCUGUACUCAUUCUCACAAAGGCUUUAAGCACCGCUUCUGCAUCAAAACAGAGAGCAUGGCACUGGGUAUCGUCCUGACCAGCGGCUGUGCCACGUCCCGCCACUGUCAGCAGCAGGAGCUUCCCGGAGUGAACAUCCACUGCUGUGAUACAGACUUAUGUAACAGUGCAACCUGCUGGCACCCAGGAACACUGCAUUACAUCUGCAUGCUGGUUGGCCUGAUGGUGAUGCACCUGUGAAGGAAGAGAACUCCUGAAAAACAUUGUCUGUGGAAAUGCUCGAAAAUUAUAUUUUGUCCUUCUUUGCAUUUUUGCCAGCCUUUUGCAUUAUAUGCGGCAUAUUACAUUUCUACUGCCAAUCAGGGACUUGAAAUGAAAGCUGGCCAAAGGGACUGUGAUGAGUGUUUUUAUCUGCUGGGUACCUGUCAUCAAAAUUUUUGGCAAAAAAAAACUUUUAAAUAAUAUCAAUUUUCAUAGAGUGAUGAGUGACCAUGUCUUGAAAUGUAGUGAACAGGAAAGGAAAAGUGGAUGUUGUGAAGAGUAAUGAAUGUAAAAAAAAAAAAAAAGAUAAAAAAGAUGUAGACACUGUAAAUACUGAAGUCCUAAUUAUUUUAUUCAGUAUUUUUACAUAUUGAUUCACUGCUGUCAAGUCUAAGGUACGUUUUCAGAGCCAUGUAAGUCUCAUUAUGGCAUGGACAACAUUUUCUAUCAUUAUAUGUUUGUUUCACAUACAAUAAAUAUUCUACAUAAUUGGUUGAUUGUGUUUUGG